AUGGCAUUACAGUCCACUCGAUGGCCAACAACAGAGCCUCCUAGAGCUGUGUCCAGAGGACUAGUGCAAGACGUCUUACUUGGUGAUGGUAGUGACAUAAUUGACCCGUCAAUUGGAGAGGAAAAUGAAUUGUCAGUAGGGCCAACUCGCACACUUGCUAUGAGUAGGUCACCAAGCCCAGAUCCAGAUAGGAGAGAGGAAGAUCCCAUUCUGCCUCCUGGAGGAGAUCCGGCAAUCCCUCCUGGAGGAGCUCCAGCAAUCCCUCCUGGAGGAGCUCCGGCAAUCCCUCCUGGAGGGGCUCCAGCAAUCCCUCCUGGAGGAGCUCCGGCAAUCCCUCCUGGAGGGGCUCCGCCAGUCCCUCUUGGAGGUGCACCCGUAGUCCCUCCUGGAGCGGCUCUGGGAGUCCCUCUUGGAGGUGCACCCGUUGUCCCUCCUGGAGGGGCUCCAGCAGUCCCUCCUGCAGGUGCACCUGUAGUCCCUCCUGCAGGGGCUCCAGCAGUCCCUCCUGCCCCAGCACUGCCUUUGCUGCACCAGCAAAGGCAGCUCAUUAUUGCCCAAUUGAGGGCUGUCAAUAGACAAAUUUAUCUCAAUCUACCAAGAAGACCUGGCAGGGGCAGGGGUAGGGGAAGGAGGCCAAGACCCCAAGUUGGAACAAAAAAUUAUAACUUUUAUUAA